AUGGUCGAGUAUGUAAGAGCAGGCGUGACAACUGAGACAAUUGAUUCAAGAGGGGGCACCAUCCGACUACCGUACCAUGGAAUCAGCCUCUGCAUACCCGUCUUUGCGCUACAACAGAGUUGUAAGAUUACGCUAAAGGUUCUGCAUCAGCCGUCAAGGGUCCUUUUCGCCGAGAAUGAAGCUAUUGUCUCUCCUGGUGUAGUAUGUGAACCAUCGGGGACCACGUUUGAGAAGCCUUUAAAGUUGGUCAUCCCUCACUGUGCAGUGUUAACAGACCCCUCCAAAGCCAAAGUCACCAUGCACUUCACUAAUGGCGAUACGAAAAUCAUAAAGAAAGAAAUGUCAUCAACUGGAACACCUAGGUGCAUUGUAGGAAAGGAUGUCUUUGAAGUUUACAUUACAAAUUUCUCAAUUUGUGAAAUGUUCAUGGUAAUUUCUGACAACCUCAUUGGAAAACGUGUCGCUUCUACGCCCUACCUUCCAAAAUCAAUGAGUCACCUCCAUUCAAAAUACUGUCAUCUACGUCUGUACAAUGAUACUCCUGGGACUGAAGAUCCGCCGAUGCGUACAAUCAUGGUUCAGUGA